GAGGGUUGGUGCUGUGCAGGGGCCUGGCCUCGGGGACCAGGACAGGUGGGUGCCGGGCUCCACCUCACCUCUGUGCCACCCCUGCCGCAGGCCACUACGUCAGCGCGGACUGCACCAUGGGCCAGGCCGUAAGGUGCUGUCCGUGCCCACCUGACUCCUUCCUGGCCCACCCCAACAGGGCACAGUCCUGCUCGCCGUGCACCCAGUGCCGGGAAGACCAGGAGAUGGUGAGUGACUGCACCCCGACACAGGACCGGCGGUGCCAGUGCAAGACCAGGGAGUUCUACUGCGACUCUGAGCCCUGCCCGGAGAGCUGCCACCCCUGCACCAGCUGUCCCGGCGCCACCCUCCAGACCUGCAACGCCACGAGGGACACCGUGUGCGCCCCAGCAGCCCAGCCAGAGCCAGGACCCCCAGCCGGUUCCCUGGCUGUCAGCGCCUUGGCUGUGUCUGUGGUUUGCAUUGUCAUCAUCGCCAUCGCCAUCGGCAUCGCCUGGCGGAGAAGAAGAGCCACCAAUAAGCUUAUUGUGAACUCGGACAUGAGGUCCUGGGACGGGACUGGAAGAUGCUUAUGACGUCAGUUGGGCUGGAAGGAAAUGGCUUCGAGAUGCGAGACCACGGAAGCUCCGGAUCCUGUGCCCCACGUUGUAGUGAGAUGCUGCUUGUCA